AUGAUUUCCCCUCCGUCCCCGAUGGCGCACUUCUCCAUCGACGCGACGAAGCGCGAGGCCCUCACCGCCUCACGCGCCGAGGAGCUGCUGCGUGACCUGUCGGCCGGCAUCACAUCGGUCAAACUGUCCGGUGUCAGCUUUGGAGACGGCUCUGCCCCCGUCGCCGCCGAGGCCCUGUCUCGUGCCGCGGCUACGCUGCGGGACGUCGACCUGUCUGACAUUAUCGCGUCGCGCCCCGAAGACGAGGCCAAGCGCGCGCUGACCGUCAUCGCCGAUGCCCUGUCCAUCUGCGACGCCUUGCGCUCGCUCAACCUGAGCGACAACGCCCUAGGCGCGAAGGGCAUCCGCGCCUUGGGCUCGCUGCUCGCGGGACGCGCCGAGCUGCAGGAGCUUCUGUUGUGUAACAAUGGCCUCGCGGCAGACGCAGGCGAUUUGAUCGCUAGCGCCGUGCUAGAGACGGCGCCGACAAAGCUGAAAAAGUUGCACUUUCACAACAACUUGCUCGAGACGGCGGGCUCCGUAGCGCUGGCGCCGAUCGUCGACAACUCGCCCAUGCUCGAGGACUUUCGGUUUUCGAGCUUGCGACUGGGGCGUGACGGGUCGGUGCGCAUCUGUAAGGCGCUGCACCCGCGGCUUGGUGAGACAUUGCGCCACCUCAACUUGUCGGACAACACGUUUGGAGAGGAGGGGGCCGAGGCGUUGGCAGACGUGCUUGGGGAUGCAGCGGUGUUGGAAACGCUGCUAUUGCGCGACGACGCUCUCGGUGAUGACGGGGUGCAAGCCGUGUGCAAGGCCCUGGUGCAUGGGGCGCCCAGGCUGUUCAAGUUGGAUGUGUCUGGGAACGAGAUGGAAGCGGGCGCGGCGCGACAGUUGGGCAAGCUCGUUAGCGUAGGCAGAUUGACAGAGGUGCUGGCAGAGGACAACGAGCUAGGGAGCUCGGGGGCUUGCGCGCUGGCGCGCGAAAUUUCGGAAGAGGCGCGAGUGGAGGUGUUGGACGUGAGCAGUUCGGAGAUCGGGGGGAGGGGAGCGCUGCGGCUGGCAACGGCGGUGCAAGAGUUGGAGGGGCUGAAAACGUUGCGGAUGGACGCGAAUUGUAUUCCGCGUAGCGUGGUGGAGCAAGUGGAGGAGCUUUUGGGGGAACGGUUGGGUGGGUUGGAGGAGAACGAUGAGGAGGGCGAGGAAAGUGAAGAAGAGGAGGACGAGGAGGACGAGGACGCUGAGGAUUAAGAUUGGCGAGACUAACACGAGCGCUUAAGUACGAUUAAACGAGAAUACGCGGCGUUGCUCCACCGCGUGCGUGA